CUCUAGAGAUGACUCGAUGCUCUAUCUUCAUUUUGCUGGUGACCCUUGUUGCGAUUGUGAAACGUGGAGCCGAGGUGUGAACGACACAGUCUGAAGUGCAGUCUUGAAUUACAUUUGACACCCAUACUCAAUAUAAGCCCCAGUGUAUGACGCAGUAGGUAACACUCUAGAGAUGACUCGAUGCUCUAUCUUCAUUUUGCUGGUGACUCUUGUUGCUGUGGGUGGUGAGAGCUUCUACCAGCUUGCCUUUUCAGCAGGCUUUGGGCGCGAUGUUACCUUUGCUCAAGGACGAGUCAUUGUCUACGAUCAGAUCCUCCUCAACACUGGAAACGUCUAUAACAGGACCAUGGGCAUAUUUUAUUGUCCCCAGAGUGGAGUGUACGCAUUUCAUUUCCAUGUUAUGUCUCAAUAUGGUAAAGAGGCAUACCUGCAGCUCCAUCACAACCACAACAAAGUAGCGAGCGCCUAUUGUUAUCCAACUCGUCACACGGCUUCAGGGAACUCCGCUAUUCUUCAUCUGAAGACUGUCGACCAGGUGUGGGUGGAAGCAGCAAGGACUGCAUAUUUGCAUGGGACUGCAGCCAACAGUUACACUACAUUUUCUGGUUACCUCAUCUCCCCUUCGUUCGAUGUAAAAUGUUAGUAGUCCAAGAUGAUGCUACAACAUGUGCUCAUUGUGUCCGAAAUGUCGAAAGUGUAUCACACAGAGCACACAACCAUGUAAAGAUCUUGAAUCAGAGAUACAAUAAAGCAUGAUAUGUG